AUGCUUUAUUUGAUCGGGCUGGGUCUUUCCUAUACCUCAGACAUCACAGUACGUGGUUUGGAAGCAAUCAAAAAAUGUGACCGCGUGUAUCUGGAGCACUACACUAGUAUUUUGAUGGCAGCAUCUUUGGAAGAACUAGAAGCGUUUUAUGGCAAACCAGUUUCUUUAGCAGAUCGUGAGAUGGUCGAAAGUGGCUGCGAAGAGAUCUUGCGGGGAGCAGACAAGCAAAACGUUGCAUUUUUGGUAGUGGGAGAUCCUUUUGGAGCCACCACCCACACAGAUCUCGUUUUGAGAGCGAAAAAACAAAAAAUGCCAGUUGAAGUCAUCCACAAUGCGUCAGUUAUGAACGCCGUUGGUUCUUGUGGGUUGCAACUCUACAAUUUUGGGCAAACAGUGUCGAUGGUUUUCUUCACAGAUAGCUGGAGACCGGACUCUUGGUAUGAUAAAAUCUGGGAAAAUCGUAAAAUUGGUCUUCAUACGCUGGUUUUACUAGAUAUUAAGGUAAAAGAGCAAAGUAUCGAGAACAUGGCGCGCGGUAGAUUGAUUUACGAACCCCCUCGUUACAUGUCGAUCGCACAGUGUUGUGAGCAAUUGCUCGAAAUCGAGGAAAGCCGGGGUACCAAAGCUUAUACGCCCGAUACUCCGGCCGUCGCGAUAAGCAGGCUUGGGUCAGCCGAUCAAACAUUUAAAUCCGGUACAAUCGAGGAGCUCUCUCAAUACGAUUCGGGUGAACCUUUGCACUCGCUUGUUAUUUUGGGUAGACAAUGCCACGAACUAGAGAUUGUGUACUUACUCGAAUUUGCAGAUGAUAAAACCAAGUUCCAGUCGUCUGUUACCCAAGAUCAAGAAUACUUCAAGCCGGCACCAUGGGUUCCGCCAACAGAAGACGCAGAAUAG